AUGGGGGCCGCCGUCUUCUUCGGCUGCGCCGGUAUCGCCUUCGGGCCGGCGCUCGCCCUCGUUCUCCUGACGGUGGCGGCGGAGCCGCUGCGGGUCAUCGUGCUGGUGGCGGGGGCGUUUUUCUGGCUGGUGUCGCUGCUCCUGGCCUCUCUGAUCUGGUUCGUUUCGGUCCAUCUCAGCGACCGGGAGGACGCCAAGCUGCAGUACGGCCUCCUCAUCUUCGGGGCUGCCGUCUCCGUCCUGCUGCAGGAAGCUUUCAGAUUCGCCUACUUCAAGCUGCUGAAGAAAGCGGAUGAAGGCCUGGCGACGAUCAGCGAGGACGGCCGGUCCCCCAUCUCCCUCAGGCAGAUGGCUUACGUCUCGGGCCUGUCCUUCGGCAUCAUCAGCGGCGUGUUUUCCGUCAUUAACAUCCUGGCGGACUCCAUCGGGCCGGGCAUCGUCGGGAUCCACGGGGACUCGCCGUACUACUUCAUCACAUCCGCGUUCCUCACCAUGGCCCUCGUCUUGCUCCACACCUUCUGGGGAGUGAUUUUCUUCGACGCCUGCGAAAAACGCCGCUACUGGUGCCUGGGGCUGGUGGUCGCCAGUCACCUCCUCACCUCGGGGCUGACGUUCCUGAACCCCUGGUACGAGGCCAGCCUGGUCCCCAUCUUCAUCAUCACCCUCUGCACGGGCCUCUGGGCCUUCUUCACUGCCGGGGGCUCCUUCCGCAACAUCCUCAAGUGCCUCUCCUGUAAGCAGGAGGACGACAGCAGAGUGAUGAUGUACUCAGCACUGCAGGUGCCUUUCGAGGACUGAGCGGCAGCCGCGGCCCUGCCCGCUCGUGCUGCCUGCGCUGCCCGCGCUGCCCGCGCCGCCGCCGUACCCAAGUGCCCUCUUCUCGGCAGCUGGAAGGUCACGACGCUGCCUUCGCCUCUGCGGUUUGUUCCUCCGGUGCUGCCGCCCGGCCGAGCCCUGGCCCUUCUCGGUGGCACAGAGGCGGCUCCGUGCCCCGGCCCGCUCCGGAAGGGAUUUUUUUGGGAUCCGACCGGUACCCGUGGGCGCCCCGUUAGCUUCGUUAGCGACUUCGUUAGACUUUUUUUUUUUUUCCUUACAGGGUAUGGCCACAGGGUGAGCGCGGGGAAGGCAGGAGGGGGGGCCGGGUGCUUUGUGGUGCGGCCGGGCUUGAGGGGCUCGGGGCAGGACCCCCCCUUCCCUCGCAUUUUCCCCACCCCGGGGCGGGGGGCACCCUGCCCUCGGUGCGGCCCCGGCCCGGCGCAGCCUGCUGCCGUUCCCCGCUCGGCCUCUGCGGAAGCGGGGUGAUGCUCUCGGGGUUGGGGGGAGCCAGGAAGAGGGGUGCUCUGCCCCACUCACCCCCUUUCUGCUCCCCGCUGGGGGAGCGCUCGUUACCCUGCUGUGCAA